GGCAAUCGUGUACAAUACUGUAAAUGCUGAUCACCCCUCAGCCUAAGAAGCAGAAUUCUCGGUCUCUAAUCGGUAUAUAAAAGAAUUGAUAAGAAUGAGCGAGUCUCAAUCGAAGAAAGUCAAGAUGAGCUCAUUGGCGCAGUUAAAAGAAAUUACAACAAUCGUCGCCGAUACUGGUGAUUUUCAAGCUAUGGAACAAUUUAAACCAAUAGAUGCAACUACGAAUCCUUCAUUGAUCCUUGCUGCAGCGAAUCAAAAAAAAUAUGCUCACUUAAUAGAUAAAGCUGUACAAUAUGGAAAAAAGUCUGGAUCUACUUUAAAAGAACAAGUUGAAGCAGCUUUAGACAUUACAUGUGUCCUUUUUGGUAAAGAAAUCUUAAAUAUCAUACCAGGUAGAGUUUCUACAGAAGUAGAUGCUAGGUUAUCCUUCGAUAAAGAAGCCAGCGUUGAGAAAGCCAAACGGUUAAUUGCUUUAUAUGAAGAACUUGGUGUAGAUAAAAAUCGUGUUUUAAUCAAACUUGCUUCUACAUGGGAAGGUAUUCAAGCGGCAAAAGAGUUGGAGGAAAAAUAUGGAAUUCAUUGUAAUUUAACACUUCUAUUUUCUUUCGCUCAAGCAGUUGCAUGUGCAGAAGCAGGUGUAACUCUCAUAUCACCAUUUGUUGGUAGAAUUUUAGAUUGGUAUGUGGCAAAUAUGAAUAAAAAACAAUACGACUCUAAAGAUGAUCCAGGCGUUUUAUCUGUAACUAAAAUCUUUAACUAUUACAAAAAGUUUGGAUAUAAAACAGUUGUUAUGGGUGCAUCGUUUAGGAAUAUUGGUGAAAUAAAGGAACUAGCCGGUUGUGAUUUUUUAACUAUAAGUCCCAAAUUAUUAGAAGAAUUGGAAAGAAGCUACGAACCAGUUUGCAAAGUACUUACACUAGAAGCAGCAACGAAAUCUAAUCUUCAAAAGAUCAGUUUGACUGAAGCUGAAUUUAGAUGGCUUCUUAACGAAGAUCAAAUGGCAACGGAUAAAUUAAGCGAUGGUAUUCGAAAAUUCGCAACAGAUGUUCGUAAGUUGGAAAAACUACUUCACGAAAAAAUACAAUCUUAAAUAUAAGUAAAAUAUUGUCCUUAAACAUACGAAUCAAAAUGUAACAAAUAUUCUAUCGUAAAUACUAAAACAUAAUAAUUAUUCCUAAUGAUAAA